AUGGCUUAUGCUGCCGUGAUUUCUCUCAGGCAUUCCAUCGAGCGCCUCAUAAAUCCCACAAUUGAUCCCCAAAUCACAAAAUCUGCAGCUGAGGAGCUGGAGUUCUUAGAGCAUGUCCUCCAAAGAUUGGAUCGCAGCACCACCAGCAGCACCAAAAGGUCCGUGUUUGAGGAUUUAGAUACAAAAAUAAGAGAGGCGGUGUGGAAACUAGAAGACGUUAUUCAAUCAUAUGGCUCGUCUCUCUCUCUCCCAUCUUCCGACAGCCCCAGCGAUGAGCGCGUAAAGGAAGAGAUUGAUUCAUUUAUGAAAAUCGCGAAGAAGUUGGGAGAGGAGUAUAACAGAGAGUUAGACAAUAAUGAAGAUGCCGAUGGCCAUGUUUCCACCAUUCCCGAUUUUAAGUCAACAGUGGUUGGGUUAUCAGAUCAAUGUGAAGAAAUCCAAGAUAAGCUUCUAGAUCCUGAGACAAAAUGCAAGAUUGUGUCAAUUGUUGGAAUGGCAGGAAUCGGCAAGACUGUUCUUGCUAGAGAAGUUCACCGAGAUCUAACCCACCUCUUCGAUUUGACAGCAUGGGUGAGCCUAGGCCCAACCCGCAGAAUAGAAGAUGUUCUGGUGGAUGUUCUUUCUCAGAUAGAUCCCACAGCUUCGUAUGCGGAUGAUGAAGAUAAGCAUACAUUGGCCGACUGUUUGUACACAAUUUUGUAUGGUCGGAAAUACUUUGUAGUAUUGGAUGAUAUAUGGAGCCCGAAGGAGUGGGGCUACUUGAUGAAUUUCUUCCCUGGGAAUGAUAAUGGAAGCCGUCUCUUACUAGCAACCAGGCUACAGAAAGUACCUUCUCCCGUCGAUACAAUUUAUGUUGCUCACAAUAUGCGCCUCUUGAAUAAGGAACAUAGUUGGAGUUUGCUUCGCCAGAAUGUGUUUGGCGAGGACUAUUCCCCGCCAGACCUCGAGAAAGUUGGAAGGAACAUCGCGGAGAAUUGUGAAGGUCUUCCUCUUCUAAUCCUCGCAAUGGCCCACACUCUAAGUGAAUCCGCAAACCGUGAUCCAGUGUAUUGGGAAGAUGUACUACACAAAAGAAAUGAUAGUACUUUUGCAGAUGCAUAUGAAACAAUUUCAAAGGUACUAUCUUCGAGCUACGAGUACUUGCCACAAGAUUUAAAAGCAUGCUUUCUGUAUAUGGGAGUUUUCCCUCAGAAUUGUGAGAUUCCUCUCACAAAGCUCAUUAACUUGUGGACUGCUGAGGAUUUUCUUGAACCAAGCCAGAUUUGUGAAGAUUUUGCUUUGAAAUGUCUCAAGGAGCUUGUCCACAGAAGUCUGGUUAUCAUCUGCAAGCGCAGCUCCAACAACGGAAUCAAAUCCUGCAAACUUCACUCAGCCUAUUGGUCCUUGUGCAAUAAAGAAGCUGCCAAGAACCAGUUUUUGCAUGUCUUCAACAAAUUGAGUGAUUUUGAUGAAGACUGCAUGCAAAGCCAACGCAGAGUUUCAGUCCAAAACAACAUUUUAUUUGGCAUAAAGGAGGUGUAUGACUCAAUAGCAGCUGCAUCAACAACGCGUUCUCUCCUUUGUACUGGUGAAUACCUUCAAUAUCCAGUACCAUUAUGUUUUGAUGUGAUGUUCCUCAAGGUGUUGGAUGCUCUUUCAGUCCGCUUUUAUGAGUUCCCGAGUGAGAUUCGCAAACUGUUGCACUUACAGUACCUUGCCCUGACUCAUGAUGGGAACCUCCCUUCUUUCUUAUCGAAGCUCCAAAAUCUGCAGAGUUUGAUCAUCAAUGAGCAUCAAAGCAUCACAUCUGUGAGGGAUCCGACUUGUUUGCCUAAGGAUAUAUGGGAUAUGCAAGAACUGAGGCAUCUUUGGAUCAUGGGGAGCAAUCUGCCAGACCCAAGUGAUGGAGAAGAGCUACCAAAGCUAUUGACGCUUCAUGUGAAAGGCCAUAGUUGUACCGAGGAUACAUUCAGAAGCAUCCCUAAAUUGAAGAAACUCGCCAUCAAUAUUGAGUUACAGCCUCGUUCUAGAGAAAUCCUAAGCUGCUUGGAGCAUAUUUCGAUUCUUAAUAAGCUGGAGUCUCUCAAAUGUGUGGUUGUGAAUCCUCGGCCUCGGUUUAAAGUUGUUAAUCCCACUUCAAGUUUCCCUAUGAGUCUCAAAAAGUUGAGCUUGUCUGGCUUAGGACAUUCUUGGGAGUACAUGAGUGCAAUUGGUUCUUUGCCAAAUCUUCAAGUGCUCAAGCUAAGAUGUUUAGCCUUUCGCGGACCGCAAUGGAAAACAGAAGUUGGAGAGUUCCGGAGUCUCAAAUUUCUACUACUUGAAGAUAUUGAUCUUGUGCACUGGACAAGUGGUGAUGAAAACUGCUUCCCCCGCCUUCAGCGCCUAAUCAUGAGGCACUGCUACAGAAUGAAGGAGAUGCCAUUGCAGAUUGAAAACAUCCUAACUCUCGAAACCAUCGAGAUAGCUAACUGCAACCCUCUGGUCAUGGUUCUUGUGAAGAACAUGAAAAUAAGAAAAGAGGGCUCUGGAAAUGAUUAUUUUCCAGUAUCAGUCACUUCAUCUUUGAACCUUCUCUGA